UUUUACGUUUUGGCGGUACACUAGACACUUUCAAGGUCUUCUUGUUUCAAGCCCAUAAUAUGGAUGCUUCCUAUCUUUAUUGAAGUGCGAUAACUGCCAUCAUUCCAAAGCCUCGUGAGUGCUGGAAAUAUGGUUGUAAUUUGUGGAGAAGUGAUGACUAGAUUUGCAGUUUAGACAUAGGAAUAGAAAUGUCUAAAAGGGUCAAGGUGCUUCAUCGUCAGACUUUCCAAAAUUCCAAUAAUAUAGUGGAGCUAACAGUAAAAACAAUUCCAAAGGACAUCAUACCCAGUCAGAAUACAGUUCCAAAGCCUUCAGAAUAUGUUAGGGAUUGCGGAGUUAGGAAAGAAUUGGAAAGAGUUAGUGACAAAGAAAAUAACAAUGUAUGCAGUAAAGCAUCUGUUCCAAACAAGAAAAAGGACAAUGAUAGAGGCAGAGUAACAGUUGAGGUAUCUAAAAAGGUUAAUAGAAGGCACCACGAAAUUGUGCCCAAGAAUAACACAUGGGAUGAUGUGCUACGCAAUAAUAGUGUUGUUGAAAGCUCUAUUGAAAGUGAGCUAGUCUCUGGUUCAAGAAAAAAGAGGUUAGCAAAUCAUCAUUUACCAGACCAGUGCCAAGCUUGGCAUCAAAGAGCUUCUCCAACUGCGGACUCUGAGCAAUCCAACGUAUCAGAGUUAAUUGUUAAUCGUCAGAUUCAGAGUGAAACGUCAUCUCAGGAGUUUGCACCCCAGCAAAUGUAUAAUAAUGUUAAUGGUCAAAACAUUAUUCCUCAGAGGAGGAACAGCAGUAGCAGUAGCAGUAAAAUUACAAGAAAACAGCCAAGAGCCGAAAGAUCUACCAGACGGUCACUCAAGAACAUUAACCAGCAGGCUGCAACAGGAAUGCAGCCAGAGCAGCUGUUGGAGCAAGCAAAGGUACCUGGGAACAAUCGUCUUCUUUCUGAUGAUGCAACACCUUCACCGUUUGGAGCAAGUGCAUUACAGUUAUUGAGCCAGCUAAGACAGCGGCUUCAGUCAAGAGGAGACAGCGAAGGAAUGGACAUAAUUGGUGUAGUCGAAGCUUAUAUUGCAGGCCAAGGGAGUAAUGGAGCUGUAGGGUCUGGUAACAUUCAGCAGUCAGCAACAGCAGCCUCUCCUGGAUUCUCUCCUGUCUUCCCAACUCCUACCACAAACAAUCCAGUUUCUGUGGCAGAUAAUCCCUUUAACACAGGAGGUGUUCCUGUACCCACCUCUACAGAAGCCCAUAAACCCAGUCACCUACCUAACCACACCACAAAGCCUAAUCCUUUCAGAGCUGAUAGUGUACAAAAUCAUGGGACCAACACUGAAUCCUAUCCUAUACCUGGAACUCGCACAACAAAUGCUCACCCUGGUUUUCAGUCGGCACAUGGGGUCACUGUGUCUCACACGCAAGUACCUGGAUCUUCUGCACCAAAUCGGCAUGUUGGGUUUAGGUCACCUCAUUAUCUAAAUGAGGGAAAUAGUCGUAAUAACCAGAAUUUGCCUUCCAGUGGGGAGUCCACCUCGCAGAAGGAUAAUCAAGGAAAGCAAAUUACCAGUGAAGAGUUGAUAAGAGAAAUAAUAAGACAGAAAAGUAUUAUAGUUCGGCAGGAGAAUGACAUACUUCAGCUGAGGACUUUGAGCACACGUCUGAUUGCCAUGCAAGAAAAGUUAACGUCACAGAAUUCAGAGGUGGAUGCAAACAGAAACACUUAUAGUAGUGGUGGACAGGUCACUCAAACAGUCAGACAUCAGAAUCAGGAAUGCCAGACAGAAGACAAUCAUUUGGAAAGACCAACUCGCGAUUGGGAAUCCAAUACUCCAUCCAGUGACAGAGAUUACUGGUCUACUGUUAUGCUUCUGCAAACAGAAAACGAUUGUCUCCGAGAAGAAGUUAGACGUCUUCAAGAGAUUAUUACGGAAUUGCAAAAUCAGCUAACAAGAGCCUAUGCAGAUCUAGACAGUGAACGUCGUUCUCGUUCACGCCUAUCCGGGAUGUCAUCCUCUAAGCUGUCAGGGUCUGCACCGAAUUUGGAUUUUGUCGAACGCCAUUUAAGAGGAAACAUUCCAGAAAAAUUAGUGCCUGCAAAGCAAUUAUCCAACCAAGGAGAAAGUGAAGUUGAUUCUGCUUACGAAGAAAAAACUAGUUCUCGUGUGACGUCCAAGGUUGGUUCUCCUCACUCAGAUAGACAAGAUACUCAAGAAUCCAAGUGUGAAAGGAGUAUUCCUCCUUUGUCAAAUGUAAAAACUUCUUCAUGCCAACAACAGAACCAUAAAAAUAAUGUAGGAAUGUACAACUCAAACCAGCAUUUAAAUGCAGCCCAAGGGCCAAGUCGUGAAACUACUGCACCGAGCAUAACCAGAAAUGCGUCUCUAUCUCUUGAACCCAUUCCUGUGUGUCACUCUGCUUUUCCAUCCGUUGAAUUAUUGAACAGUAAUUCCCACACUCCAAAACGUGAUGUUUCUGAACAGAAUUACAUCUUACCCGAAAAUCAGAGAUUCCAUGGAAAUGCUGGUCAAAAUUCUGUCAGAGAUAGACAAAGUACACUCCAAAGUCCAACUUCAAAUCAAAACAAAGAAAGUGUAAAUCAUAAUACUACACCGUCCUGUUCUGCUACUGAGCUUAUCAGUGUUAAUGAUGACUUUGCUAUUGUCAUCAGUGAUAUUGUACAUAAACCAGGCCAAAUUUUGGAUGAUCCAGUUUAUCCAUCAUUUAGCACAGUCAGUGAAGAGAGUCAGAAUGAGUUUGGGUCUUACAGGGACAGUGAAUUUCUCCAUGGCAUCCCAUUUGAAAAAUUGAGGGACCAUGAUGCUACAGAGGGAAAAAGGAAUUCAGAUAAGGAAAAGAUUCACUCUCUUGACGGGAUACAGAAUCCAACGAUGGAGUCAACAAGAGUACAGGAACGCUCACCUCCUGUAAAUACCAGAAGCAGUACUGAUAUCUCGUAUGUCACCAUGAAGGGGACCAGUACGUUGAAAUCAGUAGUUUUAGAUAAUGUUGAGGAACUUCAGUAGUUGAAUGAAGGUUUAUAAAAUGUGCUCACCCUGUCUUCUGGAAAAGCCCACACCACUGAGUGGCUGCUACCAUACUGAGGCAUACAGUUCUACUGAAACUGAUUGCUCUGUCAUAGAGGGGCAAUUUACUUUUGAAUAUGGUAAUAAGCUAAACUUUUUUUUGUUUGUUGCCAUUUUCUCCACUUACAUUUUAAUGUUUUUAGCUACGUCAUUGGUGCAUAGUAAGUGAAACUAACCUGAAUAUUUAGUGAAAAUAAUUUUUUACCAUCUGUGAUUGUUGAAUUUUAAUAUUUUUCCCUAUGGUAGUAUACAUAAUGUACUUUAAUUUUAGUCCAUAUUAUAGCAUAAUGUACAAUACAUAUAGUGUUCAAAGGUAGAAUGAUAUACUGUUUUAGAAUGGCAUUCAGUUUUAUAAUCUUCCAGUGACUUCCAUUAGUCCAUAGCAAGAAAGUAUGUAAAUCUAUAUUUUAUGAGAAAUGUUUUGUAUAUUUGUGAAACAAGAAGUAUACCGAGUUUCUGUGCACUUAGUAGACUUUUGUAAGCUUUUUAAUAUAUUAAUGAGAAACAACUAUUAUUUUUGGAUUAAUAUAUAAAAUCUAAAGGUAUCACCCCAAAACUGUCACAAAUCUUAUUCACCCAUAAUAAAAAUUAAUAAGGAU